CCUCUCUUUGGUGAUCCAUCUCCACCAGCCACUAGACCUAGAAGAAGUUAGGAAGCCUUGGAGCUCUCUCGAGUUCCUACUCACUGAUUCCAUGACUAGAAUGUUGGAUCCGCUUACGGUGGGGAGAGUGAUAGGAGAUGUGUUCGAUUCUUUCAACCCUAGCGUGAAGCUGGAGGUCGUUUACGGUCCCAACAAGCGCGUCUACAAUGGCCAUGAGUUCAUGCCUUCUGCUGUAUGUGCAAAACCCCGGGUGGAGAUUGGUGGAGAUGAUAUGAGGAGCUUCUACACUCUUAUACUGACAGACCCAGAUGCUCCGAGUCCGAGUGAUCCGCACUUACGAGAACAUCUCCACUGGAUUGUUACCGACAUUCCCGGCACAACUAAUGUGUCUUUUGGUAGAGAAAUAGUCGGCUAUGAGGCUCCGAAGCCUUUCAUCGGCAUCCACAGGUACGUGUUUGUCCUCUUCAAGCAGAAAGGAAGGCAGACCGUGUACGCACCGGCUUCCAGAGACCACUUCAGCACGCGAGACUUCUCCGAGGAGAACGGCCUCGGCCUGCCGGUAGCGGCAGUCUACUUCAAUGCCCAAAGAGAAACAGCCGCAAGAAGAAGAUGAAUCGACGUACGUCGUCGUAUUGAAGCUUUGCCGGAGUUUGGCCUGCGUCUCAUUUUUAGCCUGUAAACUACGGUUUCAUUGCAAAGGGCUCUUCCGUGUUGUCAUGGUAGAAUUAGGGCUAGUAUGGGAUGACACGACGAAGACACUCGGUAGCCAUAUACUUGGCUGCUGUUUUU